UCCAGAACAUGCCGCUUCAUGGCUGUGUCGCUGCAGUCGGUAAAUGAACGUUUGAUGUGGUGUUUGUCAAGAUUGUGCUUUAGUGUGUUUACAGUGAAUUAUUCCACAAUAGUAUAAUCCUAAUUGAGGUUAAAGCUUUUAAGGAGUAGAUGAAGGUGACGGUAUGUCUCGCAACAAAGACAAGCAUGAGGGCGCAAGCGGGCGCACUUAUCAUAUCAUGUCGGAGGCGGAGCGAGCGUCAGGCCGGCGUGGCGGUUGGACCUCGCUUGAGGUAACAGGAGGUGUCCGCGCCCUGGCGCCCCAGCUGUUCCAACUGUCGCACCUGACCGCGCUGUACCUGAACGACAACUCGCUGCAGCGGAUCCCGCCCGACAUCAACAUGCUGUCCAACCUGCACACGCUGGACGUGUCCAACAACAAGCUGAGGACGCUGCCCGCGGAGCUAGGCGAUCUCAUACAGUUAAGGGAGUUACUCCUACACAACAACUACCUCAGAGUGUUGCCGUACGAACUGGGCAAGCUCUUCCACCUGCAGAAAUUGGGAUUGCACGGGAACCCGCUGAGCAAGGAGAUGCUAUCGAUAUACAACGACAGCAACGGCACCUCCAAGCUGCUCACGUAUAUGCUGGAUAAUUUACAAGCCUACACGAAUGAAUCAGUAACUGCCACCUUGCCGCCACAGAGGCCUUGGAUUCCCUUAACGCGACCUAACAGAACUCGUCCUACCUGUAUCUUUACGGUUAUGUGCUACAACGUCCUCUGCGACAAAUACGCCACGAGACAGAUGUACGGCUACUGCCCCAGUUGGGCGUUAGAAUGGGAUUACCGGAAGAAAGGAAUUCUAGAUGAAAUUAGACAUUAUUCCGCAGACCUAAUUAGUUUACAGGAAGUAGAAACCGACCAAUUUUACAAUUUCUUCCUACCAGAGCUUAAAAGCGACGGUUACGAUGGCAUAUUCUCACCAAAAUCGCGAGCGAAGACCAUGUCCGAAUCGGAGAGAAAAUACGUCGAUGGUUGUGCCAUCUUCUUCAGAUCUGCAAAAUUCGCGUUAGUAAAAGAGCACCUAAUCGAAUUCAACCAGCUCGCGAUGGCUAACAGCGAGGGCUCGGACAACAUGUUGAACCGCGUCAUGCCCAAAGACAACAUCGGCUUGGCUGCGCUGCUCAAGACCAAAGAAGCGGCGUGGGAAAAUGGCAUACCAACGGACUCGUCGAUGCUCGGGCAGCCAAUUCUAGUAUGCACGGCACACAUCCACUGGGACCCCGAGUUCUGCGACGUGAAGCUGAUCCAGACGAUGAUGCUGAGCAACGAGCUGCGCAGCAUCCUGGACGACUCGGCGCGCACGCUGCGGCUGGCGGGCCAGCGCGACAACGUGCAGCUGCUGCUCUGCGGGGACUUCAACUCGUUGCCUGACAGCGGCGUUGUGGAGUUCCUAUCGGCCGGGCGCGUGUCGUCGGAGCACCGCGACUUCAAGGCGCUGGGGUACGCCACCUCGCUGCGCCGCAUGCCGGGCUCCGAGCACGAGUUCACGCACAACUUCAAACUGGCCUCCGCCUACAGCGAGGACAUCAUGCCCUACACCAACUACACAUUUGAUUUCAAGGGUAUAAUCGACUACAUAUUCUACUCGAAGCAGUCGAUGACGCCGCUAGGGCUGCUCGGCCCGCUGUCGCAGGACUGGUUCCGGGAACACAAGGUGGUCGGCUGCCCGCAUCCGCAUAUACCCUCAGAUCACUUCCCGCUGCUGGUGGAGCUGGAGAUGUGUCCGGCGAGCGGCAACUCCAACGGUCUGAUCGGGCGCAGGUAGCACGCGUCGCCGCGCGCCCGCCGCCGCCGCGCCGGCGCCGCCCCGUCCCCGCCGCCGCCGCCGCCGCCGCCGCCGCCGCACCCGCGCUAGCACAACACGACGCCCCGAGGAUAGUCUGCCACGUUUCAUAUUUUAAGUUUUUAGCAGUUAUGAGAUUUUAUUUACGUGGGUUCGGUUCGAUCGUGACUUUCUAACAUUUGCACGAUUUUUUUUUCGUUCGCGGAUUUCCUAAAAUUAGACGACCGAUCCUAAAAUAUAAAGUCUCCGACUGUGUAUUUUACUUGUGCGAGGUGGGCCGGGUGUAAGUGAAUGUUGCCGGACGAUCAUGUUCAACGAGACGAUCGUUAUCACCUGAUGAAUUUGGUUAUUUAUUAAUAUAUUGUAGCGCUUCUGUUGAGCGCGAGGGACCGGCCGAGCUUGUGUAUUUUGUAAUCCGCGCGAAUUUCGCUAGGCAAUAAUGAAUGUGCCGUGUUUCGCUGCUCCCUGAUGUUCCUCCCCGUCGAGUGACGAUUUUAGUGUAGUAGUACCUAGAUUUUGUUGUAGCUGUGCUCGUUUUAUCCGCUUAGAGAUAGGCGGUGACGUUUGUACAGGUAAAUGUGGUAGUAGGAAGUUCGUGACAUGUUAUUUGGCGGCUCGGAUCAGAGAGGAGCGAACUAUCUGUGCAAUGUAUUCCGCGUGUCGGCGUGUGAAGUAGUCAAGUAAAUAAUAAGUUGCGCGAGGUUCUUCAAAAGAAACAUCGGCUCGGUAUUGACAAUUUUAGUGAAAUAGCGCGCACAUCGUCGUACAUUUUGCAGUAGCUGAGUUGUCAAGGGUUAACAUCUGACAAUCCAAUUACUACAAAACAUGGCUUUGUGGAGUGCUACCCUUAACAAUUAGUACCUUUUAGCUGUCAAAACCGAGCCUACGAUAUAUCGGAUCACUACGUGCUUCUUAUUAUUCAUUUGGCUAUGACGUGUACCGAGCGUACACUGCAAUCGUAUGCAAUGCAUAUUAUUAUUUAGUACGUGGAGUUUUUCUCUGUAGAAUCAUCUACAAAUCAGAUGUUAAGUAGUGCUAAUUUUGACGAUUCUAUUAAAAACGUAAUCAAUGAAAUAAAUCAGACCUACGCUUAUUGUGUCAAUGAAUAUUUAUGAUGAAAUAAUGUAAAUGGUACAUGAAGAAUAUUUUUUCAAUAGUGAUAAUCUGUGGCGGAUAAGCUUAGGUUUUUCGAUGUUACAUAUUAUACAGUUGAGGAAUGGCUCGAGAAAUAUAUUAAUUUUUAAAUGAAGUUACGAUAAGACUAAUGUGAGGUGUGUAAUUUUAACCAUUUUUACGUUGCCGAGUGGGCGUGUGUCGUCAAACGUCCAUUUACCAUUGUUAGUUAUAAAUACUUUUAAUUCCUCCACUGUAUAUUAUUUAGAUAAUAUUUGUAUUCUGGUCAUGCAUCGCAGUGUAUGUGUGUAUGAGUUACUAGCGAGUAGAAAGGGAGACGGGAAACGUUCGCGGGACUUCCUUUCUAUUUGUAUAAAAAUCUUUGAGACAUCUAUACCAAAGUCUUAAAAAGGGGUUAAAUAUAAGUAAUCCCUUUUUAAGAUCAAAAGACAUAGGUUUUUCAGUCAGUUCAUAAACGAAUUUUCAUUCAAAAUUAUGUAAAAAGCUUCUCCUAUAUAGUGCAAGUACAAUAUUGCUAACAGCUUAAAUGUAACAGUGUCUCAAAUUAAUAAAAACAAAGUUGUUAGUAAUAUUAUACGACGCACUGUACGUCAGUUUGGUGAUCUACAAGAUUAAAACUAAAAAUUAACGUUUCGUGAUCUGCAACAAUAUCAUGUUUUACAAAAGGUGCCCCGAAUUUGACAAGUAAUAACAGAUGGCGCUGUACGGCUCCAUAAAAGCAGUGACUAUGGUUGUCAAAAGUUGAUGUUAUAGAAUUCAGUGACUUUAAAGGCUGGCGUCCACUAGACUCGCCGAGUCGAGUCGAAACGCGUAGCCGCAGAAAUUCGCCUGACGAGCAAUACGCGCGGAGAGUCGAAUCGGCGCGCCGCGGCUAUUCGUCAAUGGACGCAGUUGCAUAGAAAAUAUAGGAGGCGAAUUAUUGCGAUUCGAUUCGAUUCGCCUCGGCGAGUCUAGUGGACGCCAGCCUUUAAAAGUAUGCGCAGUACAUUGCCAUCUGUUUCCGCUGUCAAACUCGGGCUUACGAUUAUUUACGACUGGACCUCUCUUUACAAUUAAUAAAUCUUUGGUUAUGUUCCAAUUAUUCCUAUCGCGUCGAAUAAUGGUCCUUAUGACAGUUCCUUCUAGUCUCUUUCGGUUGGGCUUAAUUUACAAAAUAAUCGUAUUCUUAUUACAUAAAUAUUACUUUUAAUAAAUGCUAUAUUCCUAUAUUCCAAAUGUCUACUAACAUUUAUGUGACAGGCUACACCAUAUAAUAAAGAACUGUCAUAGGAAUCAUCAUUAGACGCUAGAGGUAUAGAGAACCAAGAACAUAUGUGGGCGUCGGCGCAACGACGACGCACGGUAUAGGUGUCUCACGGACGGUAGUGGAGGGAUGGAAUUAUGUAUAGAGAGCGAAGUGUGCCGGUUGUAGCAAGGUAGGGCAUUCGUUGACGUGAGUUGGCGGCUCAGAACAAAGCGGCGGGCGAUCAUUAGGUUAAUGUCGCAUUGUGUGUACCAACAAACUUCUCAGCGAGACUAUGUUUAAUAUAUUUUUAGCCCAUCUACCCCCUUCCUUGGUAUUCUAUAGACCUCGAUGUAAGCGGAGAAUAGAUUAAUAUGAUAAGUGCAUUUUCUAAAAUGUCCCUCUUGAGGCGUAUUUUGCCUCUCGACACGCCCCUUUAGUUUUAAGUCAAUAUAUAGUAGCUAUUCUGCAUGUUCCCGAUGUUUUGCCUGCUUCACGAAUUUAAAAGCCCCUACUAACAAUGUAGGUAGGCACUCCCUAGAACAGAGGGCCUACCGCGAACCACGUUCGACGUGUUGCCUCUCUGUUGCACUUGAAAAAGAUGGCGCCAGCAUAGGUUUUACCUGUCUCUAGUUUUGUUCUUUGAGAUAUACCUUAACCCUUUACCAGGCUAAGGGAUAUAUAUUUCCCACAUACGGCACUUCAAACAUGUGUUCUAUUUUCGAUGGGUGAGGCUGACAUUCGAUUGUCAUUUUUGAAAUGUCAGCCUGGUCCAGGCGAUAAAAUAUAUUUAAAAAAACAUGAAUUUGACACUAUUUGUAGAAUUGACAGGUAAAACCUGGUGCCAGCUGUAAUAUACUUCGACCGGCCUAUCACAAUUUUAAAUUGUUGUCAAAGUCGAAACUCGUCAGUAUUUUUUUCACUCAAUUUGGUCUUAAUCGAAAUUACAUAAUAUGUUGCAUUUUUAAAUUAGGUUUUAGUUAUUUCAUCGUUUAUGCUUACAGCAGGGCGUGUCGCGAGGCAAUGCACCUUUUCGUUUUAUACACCUAGCAGGGAACAUACUGGAGUAGUACAAAUGAUUGUAUGAAUGUUUUAACUUUUUGUGAAGUGAGUGUAUUUGUUGAUAUAGAAGACCCCGCAGUUACACACUCGUGAGACGAUGCGAUUGUAUAUCGCUGUUCGCCUAGCAACUCUUCGAUUUACAAGGGGUGACACGAAUGAGUGAAUGAAAGUAUCUAUGUGUGUAGCACAUUAACCAAUAAAGUGGCUCUGACUGUACACCGACACGGCUGUCGCUCAUACAAUAAAUAUUUCGUUCAUUCCAUUCCUGUCAGCUUUUGUGAAUCGAUCUGUAACUAGUGUAACUGAGAGGUUUGUUAUCAAUGCCCUUUUUGAUUGGUGUCGAUUUACCUGUGACCUGUUAGUCUUUACGACAGUCUACAUGUGAUUGUUAAGUCUUACCAACUUUGAAUUUUUAAAACAACAGCUCUAUUAGUUCAACUAUCGAUAACACGCAAACUAUUUCUCCUUAUUAGGAUCAGCUAUAUACAUAUAUGUGAUUGCGAAGAGCUGAGCGUGAAGUUAGAGAGGGUGUCAGUCAGUCAUUCCCCUCGACCUUCCAUAAAAAUAUGAUAUGAAGGAGGCACACGGGCAUGGUAUGGUCGGCCAUAAUAAGCCUGUACUUGUGUAAUGAGGAUAGUUAGGAGUGAGCAAUAAUUAGGGUUCUCGCUUAUGCUCGCGACGUACGGACUCGUUGUGCAGCGUAUAUCGAUACUCGGAAUGGUGAUAUUAUCAUUGCCAGUAACACAUUUUGGACCACUGCAUAGUAAUUACGCUUAUAUUUUUCACUCCAUCGAAAUUAUGUAAUAUUGUAAUACCUAAAUAUUCAUUUUUAUUUUUAUUUUAGUUUUUACACAUUUUAUGUAUUAUCAAAAGAUAGGUGCUGUUGUAUUUAUUUUGUAAUUUAAAACACAAUUGUGAUAGGGAUAACGUCUCUCUUGUAGUCUACGGCAGAUGUAUCUGCACGCUCGAAUAGUGAUAAAAGAUUUACAAAUAACUACUUAUAUUGAGGGUGUGAAUGUGUAUAGAUCUGUUUGACCUCCUCGGACCUGUGGAUAUAUCUACUGUACAUAACUCUCGGAUGAAUUGUAAAAAUGCCAAAUCAUGAAAAGGGUAUAUUGAAUAUUACUUUUAGGAUAAAUGGAGUGAAAUGAAGUUUUAUAUGAAUCAAAUUUUUACUAAUGUCGCUGUAUAAUUUUCUAAGUACCUGCAGGUAGAUUUUAAAAUCAUAUCAAGGUGAUCUUCUAGUUCUCGUAUGGAUAAUAUACUUGUAGAAGUUUAAGACAAGUCUGGUGUUGAAAUUCUUCCGCGAAGCGAUCGGGGAGCACAAACUAGUUCAUAACAACUGAAGUGUUUCAAUCACAACACUCCAUUUUGCCUUUGCUAUCUAAACGCUAUUUUCAAAUUCAAUCAUCUUCUCCAAACUGGUUUUACGUAGUGAGUGUUCUUGCAUUUAUCAAUAUACCUACAUGUUCAUUUCUGAGUAGAAAAGCAUAAUAAUAGUAGAUGUAGUCUGAACAACGAUAAUUAUAAUAGAUGAGCCACAAAUAAAUCAAUCAACUAUGAUGCAUUAGUUACAGUAAAUGAUCAUGCUCGCAAGGCUUCACGACUCGACGUUUGAGAGCAUGUGCGAGUAUUGUACCCUUGCUAGUAGCGAUUUGGUACCACGUUCAGUUGUAAGUUAUGCUUUCGCAUUUUUUUAUUAUUUAAACCACUAGCGCUAGCGCUAGAGCGAAAUUAAGAAGAAUGGCCGAACUAAGUUUUACUUAAUAAUAUGUGAUUUCACGUGAUACUUUGGUCAAGAAAGAACUUACCCAUGUUUAUAUCAACUUAACACCGCCAGUGAUAUGUGGCUUUCCAUCAGAGAAGGGUCCUUAUGAACAUAAAGCAUAAGGACUCUUCUCUGAUCGAAGGCCCUCUAUAAGUGCAGUCUGAGAGAUUAUUCGUAUGGCAAUUUCCAGUAGAAAUUUCCCCAUUUAAAUCACACACAUGAAUGCGAGAGUAUCGCUUACGGAUUAACGAGAGCUUUAUCAUAACAAGUGUAUCUUAUUUGUAGUUGAACAUAUAUGAUCUCUUUAUUUUAAUAGAAUUUUGAUGGACAUUUUACUUACUAGUUUUAGCCGUGUGUAGUUGAAAAUAUAAACUUUUAUAAAGAUAGCAAAUUUUUGGUUACAUGCCAGACAUUUUGCCUAGAUAAAUCAAAAUCGUUCAGUUGAUCACUAUUAGGUUAGCGCAAAGUUUAGUUUGUCAACGAGGUGCCGGAGCUCCCCAGGUGGCUUGAAUAGAAAUGUAUAGGUAUAUAUCCUUACUGGUGUACGUCAGCGCCAUAUAGUAGCAUCCAAAACUAGUAUCAAAUAGUUCGGCACAUCAUAUAAGAGGGAAAUGUAAUUGUGAGAUUCGCAUGAUAAUCAUUUAUUUACAAACAAUAUAUAUUCAGUAAUAUGUAAGGCGUACUAGGCGUGUAGGCUAUUUGAAUACUGAUGGCUACCUACUAUACGACGCUGACUGUACUGACCUCGUUAUGUGCUGAAAUUAAAACUGUACAUAUUUGUUGUAAAAAUAAAGUCUGUGUUAUUUUUUUAUUUGUAAAUAGUCUCUAAAACCGUAUUAUUAAAAGAAAACUAUCAGUCGGCUGGGAAGCUUCCGAAACGAAUUUGCGCUUGUAUAAUUUGGAAAUUUCGAAUUUACCAAAAGAAGCCUUCAUGUUGUGUGUACAUUUAAUUUGUAAAUAUGUUAUUUCAUAACGAUUAAUGCUAAACAACGAGCGAGCCGUCGCGGUUGUCAGCCGUUUGGACUUCUGCGCACACCACAACGACCGCUAGCCCCCGUCGUCACCCACGACACGACUCGCUAGCUACGCAUCACCCGAGUUGCAUCUAGGCAGACAUUCCAUAGGCCCUAUCUAUUAAGCUCAAGACUAAAGACUGUUUGAGACUUAAAAAUAUCAAGAUAAUGAAAAAAAAUAUUUUCUGAAACACCUUAACUCUUAUUAACUGUGUUAUGGGUGAUUUAAUGAUAAGAUCGAACAGUGUAACUCACUAGAAUCUAAGAAGAAAUGCUUUACGACACUGUGAUAGACAAUACUGCUCUACCUGAGAGACACUAGGCAUUUAUUCGUUGUUUCCUCUACAAAUUCGCUGACUGUACAGUUUACAAUGCUGAGAUAGUACCUAUGUACCUCUAUUCUUACCGAAAUAUAUAUUAUAUAAUACCUACCGGAAUAGUGCAUUGUCAACGACAAUUGUAGACGGAGCGACGUUGUGAAGAUAAAAAUUGUUCUUAUGAAAUGGCAAUGUUAGUAAUAUAAUAUGUACUCUCAGUAUUAAACAGGUUUUGCUUGAUUUCAUAACCAAUACUAACAGACCCGAAGCUAAUCCCGAAUCUAUCUGGUUCAAUUAAGCUACUUACAAAUUAAAAACAUGGCAAAUAAAUACGGCAAUAUUAAAAUCAAGUAGUACCUGUUCCUGUGGAUGUGUGUAAAAAUGUACAAAGCGUAUGUGCAGAAGUUCCGUCGCGGCUCGGGCCCGAGCGGGGCCGCGUCUCGCUGUGCUGUUUGUUGACACAUUAUGUAUAUUUGAAUGAAUCAAAUUAUAAGAGAAUAUGAAUUUUAA